AGCGUGCUACAGGACAUGUCUGGUGACGUAUCCGCGCUGGACGUGCUGACGCUCGUCGGGAGAGCGGUGUGCGCAUGCGCGGCGCUGACAGCCGCACUCUACCUGAUCCGCAGAGUGUGUUUAAUAAUGGCCUGGAAAUCCGGAGGAGCGAGCCAUGCGGAGCUCGUCAACAACCUCCGCAAAAAUGGGAUAAUUAAAUCAGACCGCGUGUAUGAAGUUAUGUUGGCCACAGACCGUGCCCACUUUUCCAGAUGUAACCCAUACAUGGACUCGCCACAAUCUAUAGGUUACCAAGCAACAAUCAGUGCACCACAUAUGCACGCAUAUGCUCUAGAGCUCCUCCAUGAUCACCUGUAUGAAGGAGCGAAGGCUCUGGAUGUGGGAUCAGGCUCCGGAAUCCUGUCCGUCUGCUUUGCCAGAAUGGUUGGGCCGAAGGGGAAGGUGAUUGGCAUUGAUCAUAUAAAGGAGCUUGUGGAGGAUUCUAUAACUAAUGUAAAUAAAGACGAUCCUAGUUUGAUCUCUUCAGGGAGAAUCAAACUCAAUGUUGGAGAUGGAAGAAUGGGCUAUGAGGAAGAAGCACCUUUUGACGCCAUACAUGUCGGAGCCGCAGCUCCCACAGUGCCACAAGCAUUGCUGGACCAGCUAAAGCCAGGUGGGCGUCUGAUUCUGCCGGUCGGGCCAGCAGGAGGGAACCAGAUGCUGGAGCAGUAUGACAAAUUGGAGGAUGGCAGUACCAAAAUGAAGCCACUGAUGGGCGUGAUUUACGUGCCUUUAACAGACAAAGACAAGCAGUGGUCAAGGGAUGAACUUUGAAAGGAUGAUCUGGCAAUACUCAUCGCACCAUAUGCACACACACACACACACACACACACAUCCAAAUGGACUUCACUGAGGAGAGGUUGUAUAAAUGCUCUAUUUCCAUACCUGUGACAGUCUGACGGUCGUGAAAGAUGGAUGUAUUGAUCAGAUUCUUUUAUUUAAAAAGGAAAAAAGUGGAACAGGGCUUUGUGCUGAGAUUUUCAUGCCUGCAGUUUGAGAAUUGUGUGAAUGCAUGUAA